AUGGCCAACAACCUGGGUUACCUCUUCAAUUUUGCCUCUGCUGCUACAAAAAAGAUAUCUGAGUCUGUUGCUGAAACAGCACAGACAAUAAAGAAGUCUGUGGAAGAAGGAAAAAUUGACAGUAUCAUCGAUAAGACAAUUAUUGGAGAUUUUCAGAAGGAACAGAAGAAAUUUGUCCAAGAGCAGCAAACCAAAAAAUCAGAAGCAGCAGUGCCUCCCUGGGUAGACAGCAAUGAAGAAGAGACAAUUCAACAACAAAUACUGGCUUUAUCAGCAGAUAAACGGAAUUUUCUGCGGGAUCCUCCAGCAGGUGUGCAGUUUCAUUUUGACUUUGAUCAAAUGUACCCUGUUGCACUGGUCAUGUUACAAGAAGAUGAGCUUCUCAAUAGGAUGAGAUUUGACCUUGUUCCCAAGCAUGUAAAGGAGGAAGUGUUCUGGAGAAAUUAUUUCUACAGAGUGUCCCUAAUUAAACAGUCUGCACAACUCACGGCACUUGCAGCUCAACAGCAAGCAGCAGGAAAGGAGGAGGGCAAAGGCAGAGAAGAGGAUAGUGAACUGAAAGAAACAGUACGGCCAAAAACACCGCCUGUUACAAUAAAGCCUCAAAUAAAAUCACAAGAGGAUGAGGAAGAGAUUUCCACAAGUCCAGGUGUAUCUGAAUUUGUGAGUGAUGCUUUUGAUACCUGUAAUCUGAAUCAGGAAGAUCUAAGAAAAGAAAUGGAACAACUAGUGCUAGACAAAAAGAAAGAGGCUUCAGUAGUAGAAGAAGAAACUGCUGAUUGGGAAAAGGAAUUACAACAAGAGCUUCAAGAGUAUGAGGUGGUGACAGAAUCAGAAAAGCGUGAUGAAAACUGGGAUAAAGAAAUAGAAGAAAUGCUACAAGAAGAAAAUUAA